CCAUGACAUCUUUAACUUCCGCUAAAAUAUGCUUCCUGCCUUAUUGCCUUGUCAUCUUCUUGUAUGUUUCAUCACCAAAUUGGGUUGCUUUUCCUUCUGCUACUUCUACUUCUCAUACUGAAGCAAAGGCUCUUCUCAAAUGGAAAGCCAGCUUAUUUCCAAAUCAAGCCCUCAAUAACCUCGCCUGGUACGACCCUCCCACUCAUAAUAUUAAUGCCACCAAUUCUUCCAGCACAAAUCCAAAACCAAGAACAAGCCCAUGCACUUGGACUGGUGUUUCAUGCAACUCAGCUGGAAGUGUCAACAGGAUAGACCUUUCCAAUAGAGGUAUUCAAGGUACGCUACAUGAGUUUUCAUUCUUGUCCUUCCCUAAUCUUGAAUAUCUUAACCUCAGCUUGAACAAACUCUUUGAUGCCAUCCCACCUCAAAUCAGCUACCUCUCCAAACUCCACCAUCUUGAUCUCUCUCGGAAUAACUUGUCUGGUAGAAUUCCACCAGAAAUCGGUCUCCUAAGAAAUCUUAGGUUUCUUAGGCUCUCUAAAAAUACUUUGUUGGGGGAAAUUCCCAAUGAGAUAGGCAACCUGAAAUCUCUUGUGGAGCUAUAUUUGUAUGAGAAUAAACUCAACUGUUCAGUUCCAAGAUCACUAGGCAAUCUAACAAGCCUUACUCAUCUCUAUCUCUAUGAUAAUAAACUUUCUGGUUUGAUUCCCAAGGAGAUAGGGAACUUGAAAUCUCUUAUAGAUCUAGAGUUGUCCAACAACAAUUUAAGUGGUCUCAUCCCUCCAAAUAUUGGUAACUUAAUAAAGCUAAACACUUUGUACUUGCAUUCCAAUCAACUUUCUGGUUUGAUUCCCAAGGAGAUAUGGAACUUGAAAUCUCUUGUAGAUCUAGAGUUGUCCAACAACAAUUUAAGUGGUCUCAUCCCUCCAAAUAUUGGUAACUUAAUAAACCUAAACACUCUGUACUUGAAUGACAAUCAACUUUCUGGUUUGAUUCCCAAGGAGAUAGGGAACUUGAAAUCUCUUGUGGAUCUAGCGUUGGCCUUCAACAAUUUAAGUGGUCUCAUCCCUCCAAUUAUUGGUAACUUAAUAAACCUAAAAUUUUUGUACUUGAAUGAAAAUAAACUUUCUGGUUUGAUUCCCAAUGAGAUAGGGAACUUGAAAUCUCUUGUAGAUCUAGAGUUGGCCAACGACAAUUUAAGUGGUCUCAUCCCUCCAAAUAUUGGUAACUUAAUAAACCUAAAAUUUUUGGGCUUAAGUUUCAAUCAACUUUCUGGUUCGAUUCCCAAGGAGAUAGGGAACUUGAAAUCUCUUGUAGAUCUAUGGUUGUCCUACAACAAUUUAAGUGGUCUCAUCCCUCCAAAUAUUGGUAACUUAAUAAACCUAAACACUUUGUACUUGCGUAAAAAUCAACUUUCUGGUUUGAUUCCUAAGGAGAUAGGGAACUUGAAAUCUCUUAUAGGUCUAAAGUUGCAGUACAACAAUUUAAGUGGUCUCAUCCCACCUGAGAUCGGCAAUGCAACCCAAAUUAAUGUGCUGGAACUUUCUUCAAAUCAUUUAGUUGGGUUGAUCCCAAAAGAAUUCGGGAAGUUGUCUUUGUUGGUGAAGUUGAUGUUGAAUGGAAAUCAACUUUCGGGUCGUAUACCGUCGGAAUUCGGAUCAUUGAAUGAUCUUGAAUAUCUUGACUUGUCAACAAAUAAAUUCAGUGGCUCAAUUCCAAGCAUUCUAGGUGACUUACUCAAAUUAUACCAUCUGAAUUUGAGCAACAACAAGUUAUCUCAAGCAAUUCCAUUUAAGUUGGAGAAGUUAGUUCAAUUGAAUGACCUGGAUUUAAGUCAUAACUCACUUGAAGGUAGGAUACCAUCAGAAAUGGGCAGUAUGCAAAGUUUGGUGACACUUGAUCUUUCCCAUAACAAUCUUUCGGGUUCCAUACCAUCAAGUUUCGAAGAGAUACAUGGCUUGUCGUACGUUGACAUAUCCUACAAUCACUUGGAAGGACCCCUUCCCAACAUCAAUGCAUUUCGAGAAGCUCUGACAGAAAGAUUGAAAGGGAACAAAGGAUUGUGUGGAAAAGUUGGAGCUCUGCUGCCACCCUGCAAUGCACAUGGCUCAAAAAACCACCACAAGGUCAUAUUCUCUCUUCUAGCAGUAUUUGUCCUUGUAUUUGCUCUCUUUACAAUUGUCUUUGUAAUAGUGCAAAGAAAGAAGAAGCAUCAAGAUACUAAGCAAAACCACAUGCAUGGAGAAAUUUCCUUUUCAGUUUUAAAUUUUGAUGGAAAAUCAAUGUAUGAGGAAAUCAUAAGGGCAACAGAAGAUUUUGAUUCCACAUAUUGCAUUGGGAAGGGAGGACAUGGAAGUGUCUAUAGAGUGAAUUUGUCAUCUGAAGACGUAGUGGCUGUUAAGAAACUACAUCCGCUAUGGGAUGGAGAGACAGAAUUUCAGAAGGAAUUCUUGAAUGAAGUAAGGGCACUCACUGAGAUAAGACAUCGGAAUAUUGUGAAGCUCUAUGGUUUCUGCGCACAUAAACGACACUCGUUUUUGGUGUAUGGGUAUCUUGAAAGAGGUAGCUUGGCCGCAAUGUUGAGCAAAGAUGAAGAAGCUAAAGAGUUGGGGUGGAGUAAAAGGGUGAAUAUUGUUAAAGGCUUAGCUCAUGCCUUGUCUUACAUGCACCACGAUUGCUUGCCACCGAUUGUACAUCGUGACAUCUCAAGCAAGAACAUUUUGUUGGAUUCUGAAUAUGAGGCCUAUGUUUCAGACUUUGGCACUGCUAAGUAUUUAAAUCCAGACUCAACUAAUUGGACUGCCGCUGCAGGCACAUAUGGCUACAUGGCACCAGAGCUUGCAUAUACAAUGGAAGUGAACGAGAAGUGCGAUGUUUAUAGCUUUGGAGUUGUCACACUGGAAAUAAUUAUGGGAAGCCAUCCAGGAGAUGUUUUCUCAUCUCUAUCAUUCGGGGCGUCAUCGUCGUCCUCAUCUGCAUCACCUGCCCCUGAAAUGCCAAUUUCGGAAGUUCUGGACCAACGCAUCUCCCCACCCACAAAACAAGAAGUAGGGGAGGUGGUCACUCUGGUGAAGAUCGCAUUUGCAUCCUUGAAUCCCAGUUCGCCGUGUCGUCCAACAAUGAAGAAAGUUUCUCAGCUCCUAUCAUCAACUCAGAGGUUGCAUUUGUCAAAGCCAUUACAUAUGACAACAUGUGGUGAAUUGCUUGCUCUUGAUGGUUUCACUGCCUGAUCAGGACAUGUGCUGCUUUUCAUUGGAGUAUGCCUUAUUCUAAUUCUUCUUAGAUGUUUGGAUUAUUGUAAUCUAUUUCAUGCCCACUUCUGUCUUUUGGGUUAUUAGUAUUUAGAAAUACUUUCGUGCUAUUAGCCCAACCCUAUCAAGCAUUCCA